CAAAGCACUUUCUUCCACGCACUACCACUCUUUGGAAUCAACUUCCAGUAGCAGUAUUUCCAAACCGAUACGACAUCAUAGCCUUCAAGAAAAGAGCAUAUUCCUUUUUAAAAGGCCGGGAGCACACUGCAAUGCCGUUGGUGUUGUGGGUGAUCAUGCGCGGCGGUUGUCACUUACCAUCAGGUGAGCGCAGACUCGUUUGCCCCCUGUGUUGUAAAAAAAAGAACUAGCAUUGCCAUUAAAUCCUGUUAUAAAGAAAAUCUCUCCUACAGCCAUAAUUUAAUAGUUCGGUUUUACAGAUUUCUUUGUUGAUUGUAGGUAACAUGAAUUUGUAAACAUUUUUAGAAGUGUGUAGCAAAACUAGGUAUAUACCUAUGCAGUGGAAAUAUUUACGUAAUUAAGUAGAUGUUUUAUAAACUUGCCACCGAGUCCCUUAAAACAUUGCCUCGAUCUUUCUUUACAAUUAAACCUGUAGCUUAGUGUACAGCUUGAAGAUGAUUUUAAAAAAAUGUUUUUUAUUUAAACCUUUAUUAUUUGUGUUAGUAAUUUUUAUAGUUGUAGUGAACGGCGGAAAAAGUUCUGACGAAGCUGGCGAUAAACCGGACAUUGCUAGAGUCGGAAAAACUAAAAAAGCUAAAAUGGCUCAAAAGACUGCUGUCGGAACAUUUUCCAAUGUAAUAACACAAAUACAAAACUUACCAACCAUGGACCUCGGUAAGAAGUUCAGGACGCCGUGCAAAACGGGCAACCGGUGUGGAAAGGUAAUAAAACGUCUUAUGGUGCCGAAGUUGGCGCAACUCGAGAAUACAAUAAUGGGCAUCAUGAAGGAGCUCUCCAAAAUGCCACCAGGAUCUCGUCUCCCUGACAAGUAUACCAAGACCGAACCCGUCAAGUUGCUGUUAGAUCAGAACUACAAGGAAGACGUUUGUAUGGACAAAUUAGAGUCGUGUUUGAAAGAAGAUAAGAGACGGAAACGGAUUUUGAAGAAGUUAUUCUUCAAGAAGUACAAUGCUUUGAGACAAGAACUGAUCGGAUAUGGUGGGAGGCGGUUGUGGGGCGGGGAAGGAAACUUAUUUUAUAGAAAAUAAGAAUAUGAAUAAACUAAAUUAGUAAUUUUA